AAAGAAUAGAUCUGCUUAGGGAGGGUGGCCAAAGUUGCAAGUGGGCAGGGGAAAUAGGCUGCUUGUAUUGAGCUGGGGGUGUGGGGAGAUCUUUUGGGAGCUCAAGGUGGGGGCUACCCUGCUCAAUUACCUUUUAAGCUCUUGUGGGUUUUUUGUUUUGUGGCAGGGGUGGGUCUUUUCACUUGGUCCAUCACCUGAGUCCGGGGAAAAUGUUGCAAUUAUUUCGCAGCGUCGUUGCUGUCAAUCAAAGAGAGGGAAGGGAGCCUCAGAGCUGAGAAGAAGCUCUAUGGCGGCGGUGGCUGGGCGAGAUUCACUGCACUUCCAGUACACCUAAUGCAACUUUUCCCCAACUUCAUCGCGUUGCUCAAGCCAGUCUGCGCUUCGAUUCGGUGCAAACUCCCAGCAGAGGUGCCCUUUCAAGUAGGGCUGCGGAGAAACCCCGGUCGCUUUGUAUUUUACCCAUUUUUUUUUGCUGUGUGUGUGUUUGUAGAGAGAGAGAAAAAAAUUCUUUUUUCCGGCAAGCGGACCGAUCCCAGAUGUCGUUGUUUUUGAGCUUUGCAGACAUGGCGCACCUCCAUUUUUGAACGACUUUUUGUGUGUGUGUGUGUGUGUGUGUGUGUUUGUUUUUCUCCAUCUCCCGAACACGCGAGAAACACCGAUCAAAAGAAGAAACAGGAUGAAAAAUCGCAGCUUGUAAGACUAAUUCUUAGGGUUUUUAUGAGCAGCGAAAGCAGCUUUCGAUUUAGCGAAGUUUAGUCGACGGAGCAGUGACUGGAACUCGAACCUCGAGAUAUAUGGAACAGACCUUGUCGGAGGCCGACAAUGGUAUUGAGUGUUUGAACAAUGUCGAUGCUGCGUCAGGGCUUUGCAACUCGACCAGCCAGCAGCUGACUCCGGUGGACAGUCUGCCUUUCACCAACUUUGACAGGGGAAAUUUGCACUUAGGAACCCCACAUCCACGUGCACCCAAGAACAAAACCGAGCCCCGAACCUUGCCUGAUCCCAAAAUGAUGUCUAACGAGGAUAAAAAUCCCGAAGACGACGGAUCAGACCGCAGCAAUGCUUCCAGCAAUUCUGCUUCAGAAGAAUCCAACCACUCUGCCUCAGGAUCAGAAUCAGGCAGUCAGUCAGAAAGUGACCGAGGAAGCGAAUCCAAUAAUAGCAGUUCGGAAUCAUCGGAAUCACAAUCUGAAUCAGAAAGUGAAUCAGCUGUGUCUAAGCUGCAGCAAGCUGCCACGGAGAGCAAGGAUAAGCCCCUGAGUAAGAAGGAGAGGAUAGCGGAUGUUAAAAAGAUGUGGGAAGAAUAUCCAGAUGUUUAUGGGGUUAGGAGGUCAAACCGCAGCAGACAGGAACCGGCUCGACUUAACGCUGGACCUGGGAGCAGUGAAAACUCUGAGAAUGAGACUCUCGGGCGACGAGGAAGGAGGAGAGCUGCUAACUGGAAAAGUGCAGUAUCUGAGAAUGAAGAGGAGGAGGAAAAGGAAGGUGAAGACGAGGAGGAGGAGGAAGAUGAAGAUGAGGAGGAGGAGGAGGAAGUAGCUAGCAGCGCUGAAAGUGAGCCUGAAAAAAAAGUCAGAGCCCGUCGACCAGUUACCAGAAGACCGCCAGUCAGGACUCAAGGUAAAAGGCAGAAGACUCGGAGGGGAAAGAAAAGGAGAAGGGAUUCUUCUGACGAUGAUGACGAUGAUGACACUCCCAAACGCCAGACCCGCAAAUGUGUAACUAAAAAUGUGAGUUAUAAAGAAGAUGAUGAUUUUGAGACUGAUUCAGAUGAUCUCAUCGAAGUUACAGGCGAACCAGCACGAGAGGAGAAUGAUGACAGUGAAACCAUUGAGAAAGUGAUUGACUCCCGUAUUUGGAAAAAAGGAGCCGUUGGAGCCCCAACCACAGUCUAUGCAGUAGAGGCUGACGGAAAUCCAGGGGCAGACUUUGAUCCGGAGAAGGAUGAGAAGGAAGUGCAAUAUCUCAUCAAGUGGAAAGGCUGGUCCUACAUCCAUAACACCUGGGAGAGUGAAGAGUCAUUGAGACAGCAGAAAGUGAAAGGAAUGAAAAAAUUAGAAAACUUCAUCAAAAAGGAGGAAGAAGUAAACCAGUGGCUGACCAAAGCAUCCCCAGAAGAUAUAGAGUACUACAACUGUCAGCAAGAAAUGGCUUUCGAUCUCAAUAAGCAAUACCAGAUCGUAGAGAGGGUGAUCGCAAUGAAGACCAGUAAGUCAUCUUCAAUUCACGCAGAAUUCCCAUCACAUUCCAGCCAUAAAACAUCAUCCUCUGGCCAGCCAGACUACCUGUGUAAGUGGAUGGGUUUGCCAUAUGUGGACUGCAGUUGGGAGGAUGGAGCUCUUAUUUCCAGAAAAUUCCAGGCGUGCAUCGAUGCCUUCCAUAGCCGUCAUAAUUCCAAAACUAUUCCCUCGAAAGACUGCAAGGUCUUGAAACAGAGGCCUAGGUUUGUCACCAUGAAGAAGCAGCCUUCCUAUAUCGGCAGUGAGGGCUUGGAAUUGAGGGAUUACCAACUUGAGGGUCUGAACUGGCUCGUUCACUCCUGGUGCAAGUGUAACAGUGUGAUCCUGGCUGAUGAAAUGGGUUUGGGUAAGACAAUCCAGACUAUCUCAUUCCUCUCAAACCUAUUCAAUCAGCAUCAGCUCUAUGGCCCCUUCCUGUUGGUUGUACCUCUGUCCACUGUCACUUCCUGGCAGCGCGAAUUCGAAAUCUGGGAGCCCAACAUGAAUGUGGUUGUUUACAUCGGUGAUGUCAUGAGCCGAAAUACGAUCCGAGAAUACGAUUGGUUACACCCUGAGACAAAGAGACUGAAGUUCAACGUAUUGAUAACGACAUAUGAAAUUUUGCUGAAGGAUAAGAAUGUUUUGGGGAGUAUAAACUGGGCAUUCCUGGGAGUGGACGAAGCUCAUCGGUUGAAGAACGAUGACUCCCUCUUAUAUCGAACUUUAAUCGACUUCAGGUCCAACCACCGGCUGCUGAUAACUGGGACACCACUGCAGAACUCACUGAAAGAGCUCUGGUCACUCCUGCACUUCAUCAUGCCUGAAAAGUUUGAUUCGUGGGAGGACUUCGAAGAAGAACAUGGGAAGGGAAGAGAAAAUGGUUUCCAGAGUCUACACAGGGUCUUGGAGCCCUUCUUGUUGCGCAGAGUUAAGAAAGAUGUUGAAAAAUCACUUCCUGCCAAAGUUGAACAGAUUCUGAGGGUGGAAAUGUCAGCCUCACAGAAGCAGUAUUAUAAGUGGAUAUUGACCCGAAAUUAUAAGGCACUUACCAAGGGAACCAGGGGGUCUACAUCGAGCUUCCUCAACAUCAUGAUGGAGCUGAAGAAAUGCUGCAAUCACUGUUAUUUAGUUAAGCAGUGUGAGGAAAAUGAGAACCUGACCAGCCAGGAAGUGUUACAGAACCUCAUCAAGAGCAGUGGCAAGCUGAUUCUGCUGGAUAAACUGAUGACCCGGCUUCGAGAGAGAGGAAACAGAGUGCUCAUCUUCUCUCAGAUGGUCCGAAUGUUGGAUAUCCUUGCUGAAUACUUGACCAUAAAACACUAUCCGUUCCAGCGUUUGGAUGGAUCUAUAAAAGGAGAGUUAAGGAAACAGGCAUUGGAUCACUUCAAUGCAGAAGGAUCUGAGGACUUCUGUUUCCUCCUUUCCACGAGGGCAGGGGGCCUUGGGAUUAACCUUGCCUCUGCGGACACUGUGAUCAUCUUUGACUCUGACUGGAAUCCUCAGAACGACUUGCAGGCUCAGGCUCGAGCUCAUAGGAUCGGCCAGAAGAAGCAGGUUAAUAUUUAUCGGCUGGUUACAAAAGGGACUGUGGAAGAGGACAUCAUUGAACGUGCCAAGAAGAAAAUGGUGCUAGAUCACCUUGUGAUCCAGAGAAUGGAUACUACAGGGCGGACAGUGUUAGACAACUCUGCUCGUCCCUCAACCUCAACGCCAUUCAACAAAGAAGAACUGACCGCAAUCUUAAAGUUUGGUGCUGAGGAGCUGUUCAAAGAGCCAGAGGGUGAGGAGUCUGAGCCACAGGAAAUGGACAUUGAAGAGAUCCUACGUCUCGCAGAAACAAGAGAGAACGAACAGUCUGUGAGUCCAACAGAUGAGCUGCUGUCCCAGUUCAAGGUGGCGAACUUCAGCACAAUGGAGGAGAAUGAGCCCGAAGUGGAUGACAAACAGGUUAAGGAAUGGGACGACAUCAUCCCGGAGGAUCAGUGGAAAAAGAUUGAAGAGGAGGCACGGCAGAAAGAGCUGGAAGAAAUUUAUAUGCUUCCAAGGAGUAGAAGUUCAACUAAAAAGGCUCAGGCAAAUGGCAGCGAUUCGGAUGCUGGAUCACGGCGAAGGCGGCAAAGGUCAUCUGGGUCAGAGAGUGAAACCGAGGAAAGUGAAGAUGAGGAUAAACGACCCAAGCGGAGAGGCCGUCCCCGGACAGUCCGGAGGGACAUGGUGGAUGGUUUCACAGAUGCUGAAAUCAGGAGGUUUAUCAAGAGUUAUAAAAAGUUUGGUGCUCCUCUUGAGAGACUUGAAGGUAUUGCUCGUGAUGCAGAGCUGGUUGACAAGUCUAUUGCAGAUCUCCAGCGCCUGGGCGAGCUCAUACAUAAUGGCUGUGUGAUGGCUCUCAAGGAAUUUGAAGAACAGUUAAAAGAAAACCCUGGCCUGGAGGGAAAGGGCCCUGGGAAAAAGAGAGGACCAACAAUCAAGGUUUCUGGUGUCCAGGUCAAUGUUAAAUCGAUUCUCAUUCAUGAAGAUGAGUUUGAGGCUUUGCAUAAAGCUAUUCCUAUGGACCCUGAGGAAAGAAAAAAGUAUCGCUUACCCUGCCAUGCGAAGGCAGUGCAUUUCGACACAGAUUGGGGUGUGGAGGAGGAUUCCAAUUUGCUGAUAGGGAUCUAUGAGUGUGGUUAUAGCAACUGGGAGCAAAUAAAAAUGGACCCAGAUCUGCAGCUUACCAAUAAGAUUCUUCCAGAUGAUCCCGACUGCAAACCGCAAGCCAAGCACCUCCAGUCGCGAGCUGAUUAUUUGAUUAAGCUUCUGAAGAAGGACAUGAUCAAGAAGGAUGCUUUGAAACAGGAAGAGGAGACAAAACCAAAGAAGAGGAAACCAAGAGUAAAAAAAGAGAAUAAAGCACCUAGGCUGAAGGAUGAAAGUGGCAAUGACAUCACAAUCCCUCGGCUUUCUGACAAUCCUUCUGAGGAGGACGGAGAGCUGAAGGAUGGUGGCUUGGAUGGAGCUCCAGUGAAGAAAAAACUGAAGAAGAAAGACAACAAGGAGAACAAGGAGAAAGGUGAUCUCAAGAAGGAAAAAGAUGGGCAGAAAGGGAAAAAGAAGACAAAGACUAAGAAGGACAAGAUGAAGUCUGAUGCCAAGGACAAGAUUCGGAAGUCUAUGUCCACAGGUCCAGUUCACAUUACAGCAGGAAAUGACCCAGUGCCAAUUGGAGAGGAGGGUGAGGAUGAGUUGGACCAGGAAACAUUCAGCAUUUGCAAGGAGCGAAUGCGGCCAGUUAAGAAAGCUCUCAAGCAGCUGGACAAGCCAGAAGAUGGGUUGUCUGAGAAGGAGCAGCUCCAACACACCCGCAGCUGUCUACUGAAGAUUGGUGACCGCAUCAGUGAGUGCCUUAAAGCAUACACUGACUCUGAGCAAGUCAAGAUCUGGAGAAGAAAUCUCUGGAUUUUUGUCUCCAAGUUCACUGAAUUUGAUGCCAGAAAGUUGCAUAAACUGUACAAGUUAGCUCAGAAGAGGCGGUCCCAGGAAGAGGAAGAACAGAAGAAGAAGGAGAAUAAUUCAGAGAGUAAACGUCAGUUUAAACUGGAGCCUUCAGGAUCAAGUCGUGAUUCUAUGAAUUCUCAGUCUCAUGUGCAGCAUGGUCCUCCUCCUCCUCACCUGCUCCCACCCCAUCAUCAACAACAAAUGCAUGGUCAUCACCGGGAGCCCUACAACCAGCUGAACAAGCGGCCUUUCAACAAUGCAGAUCGGGGAGACCGACAGAGGGAUCGGAUGUACAACUACAACAAUAACCAGCAGUGGGGAUCUGAUCGGCAUCAUCCGUACGACCAACACAGGUACAAGGACCAUCAUUUCGGGGACCGAAGGCCACGCGGAGAUCCCCACAGAAACUCUGGCAAUUACCGGCCAAACAACAUGCACCGCAAGAGACCAUACAACCAGUACGGCAAUGAGCGGGACCACCGAGGUCACCGGGAUUACUAUGACAGGCGUCAUCAGGAUCUGAAACGACGCAGAUCGGAUGAGUUUCGACCUCAGGAUCACCACAGCCUAGGGCACCAACCAGAUUUCCGGAGACUGCCUGAUCACAGACUUCCCACGGCCUACCACAGCCAAGGACCUGCUGAACACUAUAGACCGUUUCACCUUGAGAAACCGAUGGAGCACAAGGCACCCACAGGAGACCACCGUUCACCCCUCUCUCAGAAAUCGCCACAUGAUUCGAAAUCCCCUCUUGAGCACAGGUCCCCCCUAGACCGCUCACUGGAACAUAAGAAUACUCCUGACUAUAACUGGAAUGUAAGAAAAACGUAGAGUCUGUUCUGAGGGAAAUGGGAAAACUGUUCCACAGUUCUCCAGUUUAUGAAUUCAAAAAAGACAAAAAGACAACACUCUUUUCCCUAUUCUCACCACACAAACAAAUUGAACGACUGCUGUGAUAUUAAUUGCACAAAGAAUGUGAAACAAUUUUGGAGAAUGAGGAAAGAUUUCUGCUGCUUGGACAAGAACGCUCACAAUUUGGACCUUUCUUUAUAAAAAGACAGCAUCGGCAUGGAUAUCCGAUCUGUGCAAUCGUGCUCAAUCAGGAAACCUUGUUGGUCAGGAAGGGAGGGGAUAGGUUUGGGCUUCUGGGGAAAUGAUAGCUGCUGCAUCGUAGGCAGCGGUUCUAACAAUGUCGCAAAGGACAGUCCAAGGAGGAUGUCAGCAGAGAGUGCAAUUCACAAAAAAUGUCAUAUCUCCUGUCAGCUUUGUCUGUUCAUGGUCUCUGCCAAAAUAUUUCUAUGUUUUAUCCUAAAUGUACGUGAUGAAUACUCUCUGUGCUGAGUAGUGUUGGGCAGGUCAAUACUUUUUUCUAAGUAGUGUUCCAAAUUCAGCAGUGGAACCAACUUGCGUUUCCACUCGCUAGCUAAUAUAUAGAGAGCGGUACCAGUGUUGAGGCAGAGAUGGGGGUGGCUGUAAAUGUUACCCUCUCUUCCAGCACUACCGUUACACGCCCAAGAAAUACCAAAAAAAGGGAAACGGGAUGGUUUGAAAUACUUCCGUAGACGCAGGUUUAGUGUCUAGUUAGGAGAGAAGAGAGGGCAACGCAGGGCAGGUGGGGGGUUUAGCACUUUGUGUUAAGUACGACUGCGCCUUUCUGGAAUCUGUCUCUAGAAUAUAGUGUUGGCAUUUUACAGCAGAAGUAUUAGAACUUUACAAACUGAAGAAUCGCUGAAGAAAAUAUCAGUAUCUUGGUUCUAAUGGCCAGUCUUCACAAUCAAUAAUCUAGAAGCUUUGUGUUGUACUCGGUCACAAUGUAAGCACCUUGUUCUGUUUAUUUCCCCUCACCCUGCCUGCCCUGUCAUUCCUUCUGCCUUGAUUAUUGUGGAUUGGUCAAUCCUCACAAGUAAAAUAACCUAUUUUUUUAA